AUGUCAGACAAUAUCAUAAUCCCAGUCCCGCCAUUUCAUGUCGAUCUCGCCGCUAUUGAUGCUCUCCAUCUGGUUCACUACAGCCGCCGCCUUUUAAUAUUUCGCUGUGCCUCCCUUGCUCAACGGGAUGCUCAGCUGGCUGCUCUCAAGGUAGGCUUACAAGCUCUGGGCUUGCGAUGUGCCAUUUUGGGUGGCGUGGUCACCCCUCUACAGCCUGCAGAGGUCAAUACCACCAACUCCGAUCCGAACUGGCGCACCAUCCGCCCUGACCGUGGCAUUGAACUGGUGGUAAAAGACCUACGGGCGGAAUUGCCUUCUUUCGAAGAGCUUGAAAACUCCGAUUUCUCAGUCACCCACCUCCCCUAUGACCUGCUUGUGCCUGUGCCUCAGUACCUUGGAAAUGACUGCCCUUUCGCCGCCUGCAAGAUCCAAUUCAGCACGAUCGAAGGAGGCACCAUUCUCACGUGGGCCAUGUCACAUUGCGUGGGUGACGGGGUCGGGAACGACGAGCUUAUGCGCGUACUCAGUGAGGCCACAAAGCUCGCCCAAGAGCGCGCUGUGGACGACGUGCUCGCACAGGCUGCCGCGUCCACGCAGAUGGGGCUGGAUCGCAGCAUCAUGCGUGGUAUGUCCAGUGACAUCCCGUUCAGGAUAGAGGAUCACCCGGGAUAUAUGACCAACGCGCCACAACUACCCCCAAGCCACCCUUUCCAGGCCACGGCACCGGAGGUGUCUGUGCUAUUUCAUAUCCCGGCCACUCGUGUAGCACAGCUCAAAACAGACGCAACACGGCCGGGCGCACCCCCCAUUUCCACACACGAUGCAAUAUCCGCCUUGAUAUGGCGGAGUCUCAUCCUGAUACGCCGUCAACGGUGUGCCGAAGCACGGGACCUGCCCGGGUCCACAAAGACCAACCUGUUCAUGCCGUCAGACGGCCGCCGCCACCUGAAUAUCCCGCAAUCGUAUAUCGGCAACGUGGUCUACCAACUCUCUGCCUCUCUCGAUCUGGACACGCUCCUCGCCCCGUGCUCGGGCCUGCAGGAAGCUGCCAGCGCGGUCCGUCGCGCCAUCACGGCUGUCAACCCCACGCUCGCGCGCAGCGUCAUGGCCGAGACGAACAGGAAAUGGAUCGACUGGGCCUUUCUGGGCAGUUACUCGUCGACCGGCGUGGCCAUGGGCACGGACUGGACGAGCUCGGCGCUCUAUCAACAGGACUGGGGCGCCGCGUUCGGUGGUGCGCCCGCCAGGUACAGAUACCCCGGCGAGCCGGGCGUCAAUUGCGUCAUGCCCAAGUUGCCAGACGGAGCGGCAGAGGUCAUUGUCAGCGUCAUGGAAAGCGAACUGGACAUGUUGACCAGCGAGGAGUGUUUCGGCAAGUAUAUCAUCAGGAAGGGAGACACUUAG